CGCUCUUUAAAUCAUAUCCGGUUCCAGAAAAUUUUGAGAAAAUCCCAGAAUCGUAUCCAUUACAGCUCUUUAGACCAAUUAAGAGCCUAUCAUCUUACCGAAAUAUAAUUUCUUCUGACAGGUGGUGUCAUCGAAAGGGUAAGGAUCAUGGGUAAAAAUGAGAACUCUACAAAUUUCCGCACAAAUGCAGCCAAUAAAGGGCCAACCUACACAGCGGAUAAAAAUAACAAAAAGAUGGCCUCCAAAACCAACAAGAAGUGGGUGCGACUAGCCACAGUGCUCGCUUAUGUAUUGUCCGUCUCAUUGGCAGCUAUUGUAUUAGCAAUAUACUACAGCUUGAUAUGGCAACCAGAGUUGAAGAAUGUAAACAGAACUACCAUAGCAACACCCUCGACUGGUGAGAGUUCCUCGUUUUAUGAUGAUACAUCAUCUGUUACAACUGGAACUGGGACAGAUGGAUUAUCUACAACAUCUUCAGAACCAAUUUCUGUCAAAUGAAUUGACACACAUUCAG